GGACUUUGCGAUCUGUUUCUACUCGUGCGGCUGUCUUGUGGCUCUUUCCAAGCGCGGAAUUAAACAAACAAACAAACAAACAAACAAACAAAACUUAUUUAAAGUGGAACUGCAAGCAUCAGCAUGCCUCGCUCGUUUCUUGUGAAGAAGUACUUUUCCAGCAAGAAACCGUUUCACAGACAGAGCCAGCUGGAGAGUCAGGAAGCAGUUGUCCCAGAGUGCUUCCCGCUGGCUGAACUUCCAACUAACAACAGCUCUGCCCUGACCUGCUGUCCAAGCAGCACGGUCUUUCCGGCGGGCCACCUGUCUAGACCUGUCUCCCCGAUCACCCCUGUGUCUCCUGCUCUGCCCCCCUCGCCACGGGAACCUUUGGAUUUGAGUGCCACCCUGUUCAGCAGCAGCAGCAGCGGCGAUGAGGAGGACGACGGUGGACGAACCUCAGAUCCCCCAAGUCCUGAUGUCAUCCAGAACAUCUAUCAUUGUCUGCACUGCACCAAGAGCUACACCAGUCUGUCAGCCCUGUCCCACCACCAGUUGUCCCACUGUGUGGAACAGACCCCUUCCCUACCCAGGGAGGCCUCGCCACGCCCGGCCUUCCACUGCAAACACUGCAGCAAAGAGUACAACAGUCUGGGGGCCCUGAAGAUGCACAUUCGUUCGCACACACUACCCUGCGUGUGCCCCACCUGUGGCAAAGCUUUCUCCAGACCGUGGCUGCUGCGGGGACACAUCCGCACUCACACAGGUGAGCGUCCCUUUGCUUGUCCAAACUGUAACCGGGCGUUUGCAGAUCGAUCCAACCUACGCGCCCACCUGCAGACGCACUCGGAUGUGAAGAAGUACCAGUGCGGCUCCUGCUCCCGCACCUUCAGCCGCAUGUCCCUGCUGCACAAACACAACGCCUCUGGAUGCUGCCCGACUUUGUAGGCUCGCUUUCCUCACACCGCCCUAGAGGACAUUUGGGCUGAACACUGCCAGCAAACAGCGGGGCAGAGAGACAAGUUCUCUUUGUUUUAUGAAAAGACUUAAGUGACUUAAGUUUUCAGGAUUGUAUUUUUAUUUUUCUCGCCACAGCACAUUUUGCUGUGUUCUGUUAUACAUAGGGGUGAUUUAUGGGCAGCUGGACAUACAGUUAAUUCCCAGGAAACUCCAUUGGUGCCGGCCGGUCCGGGACUCUGGCCAUGUUGCAGCUGCGUGUAUGUGUGUGUGUGUGUGUGUGUGUGUGUGUGUGUGUGUGUGUGUGCGCGCGCGCACGUGUGUCAUUCUUCACCACCGUUUACAUACAUGUGUGUGUGUGUGUUGAGGCAGCUGUCUGUGCAUGACACACUGUGGAGGCAGAGCGAUGAGAGACGCGCCGGCUAUGACCUCGACGACAGGUGCCCCUCCUCUCAUCAAAGUGCACUUGCAGUCAGGCAGAAAAAGACCAAAGAAACUAACCUGCUUUAGCCAUUAGUGGAAUAUUUGAUAUUAAGAUUUUUUUAAAGGACCAUUUUAAUGCAAAUUUUUGUUAAAUAUGCUGAGAUUUAGGUGCCUUAUUAAAGUUGUACAUU